AAAGUUUUAAGGUUAAAAACAAACAACAUUAACAUUUUUAAAAUCUUACUACUGUUAAAAUACAUAAACACAACAUAUUAAAAUCAAAUAAUUUAAACCAAAUUCAGAAUACUUCACAAACUUUUCCUAGAAAAAAUAUAUUGCUAUUAAUUUUUUGAGUUUUUAAAUAUUUUUUAUAUUCAAGUUAAAUAACAAAAUCCUGCUUCUUCAGACAAUGCAUCAUCAUAGCCAGUUUGAAUAGUGGAACAAGUUUAUAUGCUGGCUUUGCUAUCUUUUCUGUUCUUGGUUUUAUGGCGAAUGAACUUGGAGUGCCUGUAGGAGAAGUAGCAGAAUCUGGUCCAGGAUUAGCUUUUAUAGCAUAUCCAAAAGCAGUAACACAAAUGCCUUUAUCACCCCUAUGGGCAGUUCUUUUCUUUUUUAUGAUAUUAAUUCUUGGACUUGAUAGUCAAUUUGUGGCUAUUGAAGGCUAUGUAACAGCUAUUGUAGAUAUGUUUCCUCAUAUUUUAAGGAAAGGCUAUCGUAGAGAAUAUUUUAUUGCAAUCACCUGUGCUAUUUCAUAUUUAAUUGGAUUAUCAAUGGUUACAAAUGGUGGAAUUUAUGUUUUUCAAUUAUUUGACUAUUACUCAGCAAGUGGUAUGACUUUGCUUUGGUUUUGUUUCUUUGAAUGUGGAGCUAUAGCUUGGGUUUAUGGUGUAGAAAGAUUUUAUGACAAUAUCUCUGAUAUGCUUGGAUUUAGAAUUGGACCCUGGCUACGGAUUUGUUGGACUUACAUCACUCCGACAGUUACAGGUGGCAUAUUUCUCUUCAGUUUAAUCACAUUUAAACCUGUAACUUAUAAUAAAGUUUAUGAAUAUCCAUUGUGGGCCACUGGAAUUGGAUGGGCAAUGGCUCUUGCUUCCAUGAUGUGUCUCCCUGUCUAUUUUUUAUACAAAAUGUUAGUUACACCAGGAACCCUUACUCAGAGAUGGAAAGUUUUGACUACUCCAUGUAUACCACCAAGAUUACUUCCUACUACUGAACAAGUAUCUUCAGCACUUUUAAAACCAUCUGCAUUGAAUUGUAAUGGUAUUGAUUCAAGUACAAUUGUAUGAGAAUAACACAGUAUUAUAAAUUUAAGAAAAAAGAUUAGUCCAGUGCAUGUAUCCCAUUAUCCCUUUUUCAUCAGUAAUAUUUUUAGAUGUUUUUCAGGUACUAAAUAUUUUAAAAUCAAUUUUGCAGUAUAAUUUUAUCAUAAAGCAUGUGUAAAUUUUUCAUUGAUUUGUAUUGUAUGGGACCACAUAGAUUGAAAAUUUAUUUUCCUCUUCCAUUAAUGUUCUCAAAAUUUCGUAAACUGCUUGGAGAACAUAUUCGAUUGGUGCUUCGAAUAAUAGCUGUAUCCACCUUCACUGCUCACCAUGUAAUGUAUAAAGCUUUGUAUGUAUAAUUUCAAUCAUAAAAUUUAUUUGCGAUAGGGACCAUGUAAAAAGAAUGCAAGUAAAAUAUGUAUUUCUGUUGGUAUUUUGGCUAUUUGGUAACGGCUUAGUUUUGCAAAAUACCAUUAUUGAGAUUUAUCCACUUUUAUAUUAUUUUAAAACCUUCCAAACGAUCAUCAAUCAAUUUAGACUGUGCCAAUAUUUUAGUCCGUUGAUGUUUUAAACUGUACAAGAUAUUCUUUGUAGUAAAAAUAUUUCUUCAGAAAACUAAAUGAAUUGUGUUAUAUGAGAUUAUAAUAGUUAUUAAAAUGUGCUGUAGAAAUUAAUUUGUACAAUAAUGAAAUCUAAAAAAUUUUGAUAGUAAUUUAAAAUUAUGUUUUAAACAAAGUAAAAUUAUUGUAAAUGAUUUAAAC